AUGUACUCAAAAGUUGAUCGUUUUGAUGUAUUUACAAUUGUUGUUAAUAUUCUUUUAUCCACACUCGGUGGGAUCCUCGUUAAUCGUCUUAUACCAAUGUUAUCGAAAUCAUUCAUCAAAGCAAAUUUAUUUGGUUAUGAUUUAAACAAAAGGAAUAAAGAAGAAAAGAAGAUACCAGAAGCUCAAGGUGUUUUAUCUGGAGGUGUAUUUCUCAUAGCAAUGUUUUUAAUGAUAGCCAUUGUUUUCUCUGAACAUUUACAUCCGGGAAGUGAUUUUCCACAUAAUAAAUUUCUUGAAUAUUUAGCUGCUUUAUUAUCAAUUUGUUGCAUGAUAUUGCUCGGAUUUGCAGAUGAUGUACUCGAUUUACGUUGGAGUGUUAAAGUAUGUUUACCAAUGAUCGCAUCUUUACCAUUAUUAUUAGUCUAUUUUGUUAAUUAUGGUUCAACAACAAUUAUUUUACCCAAACCUGUCCGUCCUAUUAUUGGAGCACAAUGGAAUCUUGGUAUUCUAUAUUAUAUUUACAUGGGAAUGGUGGCUGUUUUUUGUACAAAUGCCAUUAAUAUUUUCGCUGGUGUUAAUGGAAUUGAGAUCGGUCAAUCAAUUAUUAUUGCUGCCUCCAUACUUGUGUUUAAUUUUAUUGAAUUGCAAGGUAGUUGUUCUGAAGAACAUUUGUUUUCACUAUAUUUCAUGAUUACAUUCAUUGGUGUUUCAAUACCUAUAUUGAUAAAAAACUGGUAUCCAUCUCAGAUAUUUGUUGGUGAUACAUUAUGUUAUUUUGCCGGUAUGACGUUUGCUGUUGUUGGCAUAAUUGGACAUUUCAGUAAAACAAUGAUGCUAUUUUUUUUACCUCAAAUAUUUAAUUUUAUUUUGUCUAUCCCACAAUUGUUUAAAUUUAUACCUUGUCCAAGACAUCGUUUACCAAGAUUAGAUCCAUCGGCAAAUGUUCUUCGUCCAUCUCGAGUGGAUUUUCGUAAAAAUGAACUAAAACCAUUAGGUUUAUUCAUGUUAAAAUUCUUUUCAAUUAUAAAAAUGAUUCAGUAUGAAGAGACGAUAAACCAAGACACAAAAGAAAUUAUGAUAUCAUCAACAAAUUUUACGAUAAUAAAUACAGCGUUAUGUUGGUGUGGUCCAUUACAUGAAGAGAAACUAACAAAAUUAUUAAUGGGUGUACAAGUAUGUAGUUGUUUUGUAUUUUAA